AAAUUAGAGAAUCAAGGGGGAAGAUACCAAAUGCAUCAAAAAGAAUGGCAGAAAAAUUUCAUAUUGGUGCUCGUCGUGUUUAUGAAAUAUGGGAGCACAAUGAACGUUUACAACAAGAUCUUAAUUCUCCAUCACCUUCUGAUUCUGAUAACUCUUCUAUUUUAAAUGAUUUUAAAAACAAGAAAUCUUCAGCUAAUGAGACAUCGAUUAAAAAGAUAAAAUCCAAACCUGUUCGUAUUUUGAAUCAACCUUCUAUUAAUAAAAAUUUAACCGGAAAAUUAAGUGCAAUAUCAUUAGAAGUAAAAAAAGAAACUAUAUUACCUGAAACUUCACAAGAAACUGAAGAUCCUUUGGAAUUCUAUAAGAGAACACAAAAAGAGAUUAAAAAAGUUAGAGCGGAUGCACGUGCUGAUAUUUCUAAAGUAUCAAUUUCUAAUCUAAAAGUAUAG